UGAGCGUUCAUCAGUUGAGUUGUAGCCACAAUCCAAUGAUGACACCAGUCAAAAUGGAAUCCUGGAAGAUCCAAGUUUUGCACGCAAUCACAUUGGUUUUGUUAUCCAAUCCAAUUUCCACAAAGUUAGUUCCUGAUUGUUCCAGCACGCUCGGAUGUCUUUCAUAUCCCGUUGACACUUCCUGUCCGAAUCCGGACGAGUUCUGGUCGCCGACGGCUGUCCUCGGUGGAUGUUGUCCCGGUUGUGUCCGUGGGCUUCCCCUUGGGACACCGUGCGGCAUUGGAACUACAACAACGGACGAUCCUACCCUGCCGGACACUCCCUGUGCUCCGGGUUUGGUGUGUGGACUUGGUAAUGUUUGCCGCUUGAAUACGGGAGACUGUUUAUCGACGUAUCACGUACCUCCCGAUACCAUUGACUGGGUUCCGCAGUGCGAUAGUCGGGGCCGGUUCGCACCCAAACAAUGCCGCGGAGAUCGUAUCAACGGACGGUGCUUUUGCUAUUCCGCCGAGGGUAAACGCGUUUUUGGCUGGAGCUGGCGUAGUGAGGCACAAAGCAUGACCUGCGCUUGCAGUCGACGACGGGCGGAACUGGAAGCGGAGGGCAGGUUUGAUGUAACGCUGCACUGUACACAGAACGGAAACUACGAGGAACUGCAGUGUGAUGAAGGUGUUUGCUGGUGUACCGAUUCAAAAACUGGCUUCCAAAUGCCCGGAACUCGUGCCGUUCCAGAGGAUUUGUGGACUUUGCUACCGUGCUAUAACGGAACACUUCACGGGGCGCAGUAUCUGAGACGUUGCGAAAGUGUAGCGUUUUCGCAGAUACUUCAACGCAAACAAUUCAUCAUCCGCGGGCACACGGGCGUAACGUUCACCGAUACACUGUGCGAGUACGAUGGCGGACACGGGCGGUACAUUAUCGAAGGACAAGAAGCUUCCUGCACAUGGUACGAUGGCACUAAAAUCGAUCCCUACAAAACGUCACUACAAACCCUGGCAGCAAUGAACUGCAAUUGCGCACGCGACCUAAAGCUUUUCAUGCUGGCCGGGCGGAAGAUGGAGCUGGCCUGCGAAGGAAACGGUAACUAUGUGCCGCUACAGUCGCGCAACGGUGCACUGUUUUGCGUCGAUCCGGACGGGUUCGUGGUGGCGGAGAACGUACCGGCCCAGACAAACUGUGAGCAGUUCAUUUUCGGCGCAAGUUUGCUGUGACGAAUCGGAUAUGCAUUGUUCAA